AUGGCUGUUGCACAUUCAUGCAUUGUCAGCUCUGUUCGCUCAUCCUCACGUCACUGUGCAGCAUUCACAACAAGCCAAGUAGUUGCUAUUUCUACGCGCUGUGCGAGCGAGCCACAGUGCACUAUUCUUCGUGCAGCCAGCCUGCUUCAGAGGUUCCGAGACUCCCUCCUAUCUACCCGCGCAGAUACCAUAGACACAUACCGCCCGAUGCGACUACUGUAUACCGCAAGCAAUGGGAAACUUGAAUGGACGGAGGACCUUAUUGAGGAUAUUCCUCCCUACGCGAUCCUGUCGCAUACUUGGGAAAAGCACGAGGUGGUCUUCAACAGUCUGAAGAGCCUUGAUAAUGUAGAAGACAUUGAUGCAAAGUGGGCAGCUAGUUGGCGCAAGAUUCGCUUCUGUGCACAACAGACAGAGCGUGACGGUCUGCAGUACUUCUGGAUAGACACCUGCUGCAUCGACAAAUCAAACAAUCAAGAGCUCCAAGGGGCGAUCAACUCUAUGUUUUGCUGGUAUCAGAACGCACAGAAGUGUUACGUCUACCUUUCAGAUGUCGAGUCUAACGCUCCUGAUGCGGAUAGUGAGUCGAGCCGGAGGUGGAAGCCGGCCUUCAGGAAGAGCAGGUGGUUUAGAAGAGGUUGGACACUCCAGGAACUACUUGCUCCUGCAUCGGUAGAGUUUUAUUCCAGUGAUGAAGAACUAUUGGGGGACAAGAACUCUUUGAAAGACACUAUCCACGAGAUUACAGGCGUUGCCAGCGAUGCUCUGUUGGGGAAGCAGCUCUCGGAAUUCAGCGUACAAGAGCGGUUCUCUUGGGCAAAAAAUCGCCAGACGAGAUACCCAGAAGACGAGGCAUAUUGCCUCUUAGGUAUAUUCGAUAUUCAUCUUCCCCUGAUCUACGGCGAAGGCAAAGAGCAUGCCCUGAAGAGGCUUGAUAAAGAAAUAAGGGAGCCUUCCGCGUACGUCAUGCGUGUUCAAAAGAACCUUGGAAAGAUCUACAGUUGGCUCGGGGCGCCUGACCCGUCCACCAACUAUCACAAAGCGGACAAGCAGCGACAGACUGGGACUGGGCUAUGGCUGCUGAAAAGUGCAAAGUUCAAAGAUUGGAAGGAGAGUGCAGCGUCGCAACUAUGGCUGUAUGGGAUCCCAGGGUGUGGAAAGACAAUCCUUAGCUCCACUGUCAUCAAGGAUCUGCAGCAGCAUUGUCGUAAUAACGUUCAUAUGGUAACGGCGUACUUUUACUUCGACUUCAACGACAUACAUAAACAGGACGCAGAGCUGAUGCUCUGCUCGUUGCUCUGCCAGCUUGUGCAGUCUUCGGUUGUUGUACCCGAGAGCGUUGACGCGUUGUUCUCAUCUUGCAACAACGGACAGCGAAAACCCUCUGCGAAUGCGCUUUUAGAAGUAAUACAGCAGGUAACAAAAGGGUUCACGCAAGUCUACUUUGUUCUUGAUGCUCUUGACGAAUGUGCACAACGCAAAGAACUGAUGGAUAUGCUCGAAACAGUGGCUGGGUGGCAACUUGGCAAUGUGCAUCUGCUUAUUACCAGCCGAAAAGAGCGGGAUAUCGAGGGUUCCCUGGAGGUUUACAUCAAGGAAGAGGAGACUGUCUGUCUUCAGAUGGACGUAGUAAAUAAGGAUAUACAGCGAUACGUUCGACAAAGGCUGUCUGACAAUAAGCGCUUAGCGAAAUGGAACAAGAACGCUGCUACUAGGGAGGAGAUUGAGACAGCACUAAUGAGUGGAGCUCACGGGAUGUUUCAAUGGGUUGCAUGCCAGCUAGACACGCUAGAAACGUGUUGCAAUCAGACGAUGUUGCGUAAGUCUCUUGCCACUCUACCCCGAACACUAGACCAGACAUACGAACGCAUUCUCUCCGCAAUAAGCGACGAAUAUUCCGAGUAUGCUAUGCGCAUUCUGCGCUGGCUGACCUUCUCUGCGCGGCCGCUAUCCGUCGAAGAGAUCGCUGAAGUUGUCGCCAUCGAUGUCGCGCGCGACCCAGCGUUCGACCGUGAUGAGGUGUUAGAAGACCCGCUAGAAGCGCUCAACAUCUGCUCUAGUCUAGUCACUAUUACAUCGAACAGGGCGAAAAGAGAAUCAAGCCCUGUCAAACAAAUCAUUACUCUAGCACACUUCUCAGUGCAAGAGUACCUUGUGUCGGACAGGAUCAAGCAAGGUUCAGCAAAGCAGUAUAGCAUGCAAGAGGUCGAAUGCCACAACGUCAUAACAACAGGUUGUCUGAAGUACCUGCUUCAACUACAGCCGCCAAAGUCAAAAAUAGCCGUAGAGCAGGCCGCGUUGGCACGCUACUCAGCAGAGUUCUGGAGUAGCCAUCUUCGAAAGGUAGAAUACGAGAUGGAAGAUUUAUGUCGGCUAGGCAUCAGGUUACUAGACAUUAAAGAACCUGCAUUUCUCACAUGGCUGCGUUUAUACAAUCCCGAGGAUCCCUGCACGCAGCCAGACUUGGAUAGGAGUCUAGACAGCGUGCCUGAGCCGCUAUACUACGCAUCACUGUUAGGCUUGAGUACAGUCACAAGACUGCUCGUCGACAAGGGCGCCAAUAUUAACGCACAGGGUGGAAACGAAGGCGACGCACUUUGUGCGGCCUCAUCAAAAGGUCAUAAGCAGGUAGUCAAAAUACUGCUUGAAGCAGGCGCCAAUGCUAAGGCGUGUAUUAUAGGACAUGGCAGCGCUCUACAGUCAGCCUCAAUUAUGGGCCACAAGCAGGUAGUCAAGAUACUGCUUGAAGCAGGCGCCAAUGUUAAUGCGCAAAGUCAACGAUACGGCAGCGUACUACACGCAGCCUCAUGGGCAGGCCAUGAGCAGGUAGUCAAGAUACUGCUUGAAGCAGGCGCCAAUGUUAACGCGUGUAUUCCAGGACAUGGCAGUGUCCUGCACGCAGCCAUGCAUAGCAGCAACGUCCUGCACGCAGCCAUACGUAGCAGAAACGUCCUGGACGCAGCCUUACGUAGCAGAAACAAGCAGGUAGUCAGGAUACUGCUUGAAGCGGGCGCCAAUUUUAACACGCAAACUCAACUACACAGCACCGUACAACAAGCAGCCUCGUGGAGAGACAAUGAGCAGGUAGUCAAGAUACUGCUUAAAGCAGGCGCCAAUGUUAACGCGCAAAGUCAACCAUACGGCAGCGUACUGCACGCGGCCUUAUUAAAAGGUGACAGGCAACUAGUCAAGAUACUGCUUAAAGCAGGCGCUGAGGUUGAAGUGUAG